UGUGAGUGCCUGGCUCCCUCUCUCUGACACACACACACACACACACACACACGCACAGGGCAGGUUCGUUUGAACUUGAAGACAUUCCACAUUCCAAGAGGCUGCAGGUCCCUGGGAAUGGAGAGUCUCUUCAAUCAGGAAAAUCUUAACCUCAUCUUCCUAGAAGGGAUUAUCUUUUCUUUCCUUUUCCCCCUUUAUUAUUAUUUUUUUUAAUCUGGAAGAGGAAAGCACAAGUUGUACUCCCCCUCCCGCCUCUUCUUGCUAAAUGCCAUGGAUAUAACUGAAUAAGCUGCUCAGGGCUCUCCCCGUUUGGAUGGUCCGAGGCCACCAUCUGCCUGCCUUCGCUGGAUCGCUGGAGUGGAGAGCUUAGCGUGAGACUGUCUCGGGCCAGGAAGGAUGCGUGGCCGAGUCAGGGAGCCCGGGCGCCCUGCGGAGACGGCCUCGGAGCCUCCCAGCCGCGGGUAGAUGCCGCCUUGCCCAGGUGCCGAGGCUGAGUGACCAGACCAUGGAGACUCUGCUUGGUGGGCUGCUGGCUUUUGGCAUGGCGUUUGCUGUGGUCGAUGCCUGCCCCAAGUACUGUGUCUGCCAGAACCUGUCUGAGUCACUGGGGACCCUGUGUCCCUCCAAGGGGCUCCUCUUUGUGCCCCCUGACAUUGACCGGAGGACAGUGGAGCUGCGCCUGGGUGGCAAUUUCAUCAUCCACAUUGGCCGCCAGGACUUUGCGAAUAUGACGGGAUUGGUGGAUCUGACCUUGUCCAGGAACACCAUUAGCCACAUCCAGCCCUUCUCCUUCCUGGACCUCGAGAGUCUCCGAUCCUUGCACCUUGACAGCAACCGGCUGCCCAGCCUUGGGGAGGACACACUCCGGGGCCUGGUCAACCUGCAGCACCUUAUCGUGAACAAUAACCAGCUGGGUGGCAUCGCUGACGAUGCCUUUGAGGACUUCCUGCUGACAUUAGAAGAUCUGGACCUAUCCUACAACAACCUCCACGGACUGCCGUGGGAUUCUGUAAGGCGCAUGGUCAACCUCCACCAGCUGAGCCUGGACCACAAUCUGCUGGACCACAUUGCCGAGGGUACCUUUGCAGACCUUCAGAAACUGGCCCGCCUGGACCUCACAUCCAAUCGGCUGCAGAAGCUGCCCCCGGACCCCAUCUUUGCUCGCUCCCAGGCCUCCUUGCUGACUGCCACGCCCUUUGCCCCACCCCUGUCCUUUAGUUUUGGGGGAAACCCACUGCACUGCAAUUGUGAGCUUCUCUGGCUGCGGAGGCUGGAGAGGGAUGACGACCUGGAGACCUGUGGUUCCCCUGGAGGCCUCAAGGGGCGCUAUUUUUGGCACAUUCGUGAGGAGGAGUUUGUGUGUGAGCCACCUCUCAUCACGCAACACACACACAAGCUUUUGGUUCUGGAGGGCCAGGCAGCCACUCUCAAGUGCAAGGCCAUUGGGGACCCUAGCCCCUUGAUCCACUGGGUGGCCCCUGAUGACCGCCUUGUGGGAAACUCCUCCAGGACUGCGGUAUAUGACAACGGCACCCUGGACAUUCUUAUUACCACCUCUCAGGACAGCGGAGCUUUCACCUGCAUUGCAGCUAAUGCUGCAGGAGAGGCCACGGCCACAGUGGAGGUCUCCAUUGUCCAGCUCCCACACCUCAGCAACAGCACUAGCCGGAUGGCACCCCCCAAGUCUCGCCUUUCAGACAUCACAGGUUCCAGCAAGACCAGCCGGGGAGGGGGAGGCAGUGCGGGUGGGGAGCCUCCCAAAAGCACCCAGGAGAGGGCUGUUCUUGUGUCGGAUGUGACCACUACAUCUGCCUUGGUCAAGUGGUCCGUCAGCAAGUCAGCUCCCAGAGUGAAGAUGUAUCAGCUGCAGUACAACUGCUCCGACGACGAGGUACUGAUUUACAGGAUGAUCCCAGCCUCCAACAAGGCCUUCGUGGUCAACAACCUGGUGUCCGGGACGGGCUACGACUUGUGUGUGCUGGCCAUGUGGGACGACACAGCCACGACGCUCACGGCCACCAACAUUGUGGGCUGCGCCCAGUUCUUCACGAAGGCUGACUACCCACAAUGCCAAUCUAUGCACAGUCAGGUCCUGGGGGGCACCAUGAUUCUGAUCAUCGGGGGUAUCAUUGUGACCACGCUGCUGGUCUUCAUCGUCAUCCUCAUGGUCCGGUAUAAAGUUUGCAACCACGACACCCCGGGCAAGAUGGCGGCAGCCACUGUCAGCAAUGUGUACUCGCAGACCAAUGGGGCCCAGCCUCCACCUCUGGGCGGGAUCCCUGUUGGGCAGCUUCCUCAGGCACCACCCAAGGUUGUGGUCCGGAAUGAGUUGAUGGACUUCAGUACAAGCCUGGCCAGGGCCUGUGACUCUUCUUCCUCCAGCUCUCUGGGCAGCGGGGAAGCUGCAGGCCUGAGCCGGGGUCCCUGGAGGCUCCCACCCCCUGCUCCUCGCCCCAAGCCCAGCCUUGACCGCUUGAUGGGAGCCUUUGCCUCCCUGGACCUCAAGAGUCAAAGGAAAGAAGAACUUCUAGACUCCAGGACUCCAGCAGGCAGAGGGGCAGGGACAUCAGCCAGGGGCCACCACUCAGACCGAGAGCCACUGCUGGGGCCCCCGGCCACCCGUGCCAGGAGCCUUCUCCCUUUGCCCCUGGAGGGCAAGGCCAAAAGAAGCCACUCUUUUGACAUGGGAGACUUCGCAGCUGCAGCUGCAGCUGCUCCUGGUGGCUACAGCCCGCCUAGGCGGGUCUCAAACAUCUGGACGAAGCGCAGCCUGUCUGUCAAUGGCAUGCUCUUGCCCUUUGAGGAGAGUGACCUGGUGGGAGCCCGGGGGACAUUUGGAAGCUCAGAGUGGGUAAUGGAAAGUACUGUGUAGCUGGGGUAGGCACACCCUUCCUCCCACUCUCGGUGGGAGAGCAAGGGGCAGAGUCAGCACUGGCAAGUGUUUGUGGAGUUUUUAUGGUGAUGUUUACAUCCAGGGACAGUCUUGUCUCCCUGUCAACAGCCUCAUGUCCUGCCCAGCUACACCUCUUUCCCCAUGUCACCUUCCCAUGCCUGUCCCCACCACCCAGCGGGGUGUGCUCAGGGAAUGGGACUCACUCAAGUGUCAGACUGAGCCCUGAGUGUUUGGAGAGGCAGCAUACUGCCUUUCUACUCACAGAUGUAGCGACAAGCAAGCGGCUUCGGAUUGCUUAUGGAUCCAGUGUUGUUUUGAUUUCUUAAUUUAUUUUUCCAUUUCCCAGA